GUUAUUUGAGGCUGGAUCAGUCAGAGUCCGUCGCUCGCACAAGCAACAUCGUCGCAAUCAUCAUCAUCGUCGAUGCAACUCUGGUAUAAAAUAUAAUUUUAAUAUUUCCAUUGUUGUCGUUGACACAGUUCACACCCUCCUCCAUCCACCCAUUGGCCAAUCGCCACAGUUAGUUAAUUGUCAUCAAAUUAAAUAUACUGUUCCAGUCCAGGAAAUAUAAUAAUUCGCAAUCAACAACAAUUCUUAGUAGUCGAACGAGUCAAAGUCAAAGCGACCCCGAUUCGCGAACACCUUCAACAUACGUGUCACUAAAAUUGGUGGACAAUAUUUUUUUUGGAUAUUUCGAGGAACUUUUUUUCUGAAUUAAUUGACUCAAAAGUGUGGGGUGGGUGAGAUUGAGAAAAUCCCGAGUUUUUUUUCAAGAGAGACUAAUAAGUGACCUUAAGAAGAGGAAGUAGGAGAUCCAGGUCGUAUCGAACUUGUGGUUUUCGACCUUUCACUCAUAAUAAUACGGACAUUUUUCCGUCUAUCUACUACUCCUACUCACAAGUGAUAUCAAGUGAACGUGUGCCGCGUGUCGUCGGUCAAGAGUGCUCUUGUGUUUAUCAUUCAGUUAAUGGAGAAUAAGUCGCCCGGAAGUGGGGGCGGAGGUGGAUUAAGUUACAUUACGUCGAGCAGUGCGCCGUUGAUGAACAUUGGAGAAAAUAAUAAACUCGGAGGCACAGUUAUGAACGGAGGCAGCCCUGACUCCACGACGCCGAAGGAGAAUUCGGUGAGCAGGGAGGACAUGCAGAGAUCCGCGCCUUCCCCCGCAGCCUCUGUCGAUAAUCACGGGGGUGGCGGAAGUGCUCCCAACAUGUACAGUUUAAAGUGGAACACGCAGCUACUCUCCCUCCAGAGGAGUUUGGCAAAUUUGUGGGACAGCGGGAUUGGGACGGAUGCCGUCCUCCUGUGUCAAGGGACGCCACUCCCGGUGCACAAAAUCGUCCUUACAGCAGCGUCCCCUUAUGUAGCGGCAGUUGUCCAGACAAUGGCCCAAGGAUCACAUCUCAUGCCGGUGAUUGUAGUUGACAUCCCCGCAGAGGCAGGGAAAGCCCUGCUCAGUUUCCUAUACUGUGGCGAAGCCCAUGUCCCCGUCACCGUUAUCCCACAUCUCGUCAUUGGUGCUAAGUUUUUGGGAAUUUCUGGAUUUGGUGACCCCGGCGUACUGGAAUCUCUCACAAGUAUCGUACCUGAAUCAGUAAUGACCCCGGAUAAGACGCCACCCCCUUCGUGCGACUCGCCUCGUCCCGACACCCACGACUCUCCAUCCAUCCGCCUCCCCCACUAUCAGUUACCAACCGUGUCCGUUCCACAUCUCAUGUCUUCCUCUUCAGUACAAAUUAACAAUCACACUUUCGGUGGGAAAAAGUCAGAGCGUGAUCGCGAGACACAGAUCCAAUAUCCUGGAAACGUCCUCCAGUUUAAGACUCAUCAACAUCUCCAAGCCCAAAUUGGGAUGGGGGGCAAUAAUAAUAAGGCUCGUCUCCCUUAUCCGUCCCCAUACUCGACCUCGUCCACAGCAAGCUCUGCCUCUUCUUCGGGAGGUGAAGUAAUCAAUCUCAGCAAUAACAAGAACAGGACGAGUGGUGGAUCUGCUUACAGCCCGUACUCGAGAAGUAGUGGGGGAGCAAAAUCACCCAAAUCAACGUCUUCCAUGUCCUCAUCUGGAGGUGGGAGCACAAACGGAAAUGGAAUAUUUAUCGGAACAACGAGUAUUUUGGACAAUCUGUUAAAGAACCCUAGAACUCAUUUGGAGGCAGCCAUUGCAGCAGCGGCGGCAGCUGCGGCACACAAUGCUGCUGCUGCUAAUGAGGCGAAUGAUAACAACGACAUGGUUCAAUACGAGGCUGAAGGUUAUCUUGAAAAUUGUAGAUCAUCCCCACACAAUUUGACCGCCGCACAUUUGCGACAGCUACAAGAACAGCACAGCAAAGGUCAAGGACAUCCCCCGUACUAUUGUUCUCCUGGAAGUGCGGGCCAUCCCGCUUUAGUUGGUGCGAAUGGUGGAGACGAUGAUAACAAUAUGGAAAUGACCAUGACGGAGGAUAGCACACCAAUCCCUGCCCAUUUAUUAGAACCAAAUGUGGAGUAUCAUAUCGGAAAUGAAUAUCCUGAUCGGUAUGGAACGUUGCAUAAUCCUUUAGCGGAUUUAGCAAAGGUGGCCGCCGCUUCAAUCAAACAGCAACCCACUACAGGAGGGGGAGGAAAUAAACGAGGAAGUAAAAAAGUUCCGCAACAGCAACAGGUCGAUGGCGAGAUCACUUCGACGGGAAGAGCAGGUGGGGAAACAGCGACACCUCCAGCAAAACCUAAACCCAAGAAGAAUGAAGCGAUUAUUUGUGAUAUUUGUUCCAAGAAGUUCAGCAAUGCGUACAAUUUGAGGGUUCACAUGGAAGGUCACUCGGGACAAGUUUUCGUAUGUUCUGUUUGCAGUCAUGCAUCGAGGUCGCGAGAUGCCCUAAGAAAGCAUUUUGCAUAUCGUCACCGGGAGCUGUGGAUAUCCGGUAUGUCUGCCUUUAGGAAGAACGUACCUGGGCGAAAACUUAGCAUUUGUAGAAAUAACAACAACACGGAUGCCGUAAACAACAAUGUCAACGUGAAAGGGGAACCAGUCGAAGGGUCGGAUGGAACUUCAGUAGUGGACGCGAACGGUAAUAUCAACAUUCGCGGAGGAGAUGGAAGCCUAACAAUUUCAGAAGCAAAAUGACGAAGAAACAAACUCCGUCCAACUUUGUUAACUUGUAUCAUAUAGUAAAUUGUCAAUACUUAGUAAGUAGUUCAACAUGUAAAGCAACUUUAAAAUCCCCACAACCAACUAGAUAUUAGAUAUUUAUAUUAAGAAUACACACACACACACCAUGCAUUUUUAGCAGUGGAAAUUAUAGAAUACUUAGAACCUUAUCAGCUUAUUUUUUAAUAACGAAAUCCAUCGUCUUUCCACAAAAUAUUACAUACAUUGUAUAUAUACAUUUUAACUCUUGAACAAGCGCAGUAGCAGUUUUUUUAUAUUAAUUUUGACGAAUAUGUAUGUUUUAGUUGUAUUAGUAAUUGAUGCGAAAUGGUAAUUUUCAAAGAAGGGUGAAAAGUGUCAAAUAUUGUACAGAUUUAUUUAGUAAGAAGAUAUACAGUUCAUAUUCUUACAUAAAUAUUUUAUAGCAGCAGAGUUAUAAUAAUAACGUUGUAUGUAUGUAUGUAUCUAUAAUGUAUGACACAAGUACAUAUGUACCUUGAACCGAAACAAUAAUAAUGUUAGGAGAUGAAUCGAUAAGUUAACUACUAAUUUACACCAGUUAGUUGUUUAAUAUGAAUACGGGAACGCGAUUACAAUAUGUGCAUAAAUCCAUCAUGAAACUUAUUAGGAGAUUUAUUAAUCUAUGCAAUCCUUGUCAAUUAUUAUAUAUUGUUAUAUUUUAUCAAAAAAAACAACUAAUUAUUAAACACAGCAUAGAUGCAUACUCAGAAUACUGCCUUUAACGAAAUGAAGAACGAAUCUCCAGUCAGUUAGAGAAUACAACGAUCAAUUAUAGAUAAAAAUAAUUAACAAAAAAAUAGUAACACAACAGUUCAAGACCACCGCAUUGUCGACAUAAAAAAAUAUGUAUGGGUAGGGAAAUGGAUAAAACAAGUGUCUUAUUUGCCUUAUCAGAGAGAGGAACGUUAAUAACUAUGAAACCAUCAUGCACAGACGAGAACGAUAUGUGAUUUAAUAAUAAUAAUAAUAUUUAAUAAUAAAUAUUUUGCCUCAUUGGAUUAAUUAAUUAAUUUGUGAAUAUUCAAUUCACCUAAAUUACUUAUUUGUACUCUAUCUGAGAGAUGAAUACCAAAAUGUGUACCUUAAAUCAUGAUUAACAUUUAUGCUAAUGUAGUAGAGCAUUGGAAUAGUUAUGGAUAGCUAGAUUUGUGUGAGUCAAGGGCGGACAGUGGCACGUUUAUUAUACUAAUUUUUUCAUAUGCAGGGCAGCAUUGUUUGUCUCAAAUUGUCUGUCUCGUCGUCGUUGGAAUUAUAUUUUGUAAUAAUUAACAUUGUUAAAGUCAACUAUCAAAAAGACCAGGAAAGCUGAAAUGUCUCGUGAUUAAGAAACAAUUCGUCCAGAAAUAUAAUAAUUAAUUGACCAGUUUGUAUUAUUUACUAGUAUCAUGAUUUGGGAACUAUAUAACGAAUUUUAUGAAAAGAAUUAAUACUCAAAUUAUACAGAAGAAUGGUUGUGUUUUUGCUUUGUUUGGUAUUUUGUGAACAUUGGUUGCAAUAAAAUAUAGCUUUAUUAGUAUAAUAUUAGAAUUAAAUAUUUUCUCAGUUCAAUGUAAUUAGAAGCUUAUUAUGUCGAAUAUACAUGUAAUUAUUGAUAGGAAUUUUAUUAGCUUUGUUGACAAUAACGUUGGGUGCGAAAUGUCCCAAAAAAUAGUUUAAUUAAGAACGUAACGAUUAUCAUGAAUUAUCGAAAGAGUAUUUAUUCUAUUCUUGUACUUCGAAAAAUGAUGACGACAAGCCGCACAAGUUCAGUCGACAAACAUAAUAGCUGGCUAAAUAAUCUCAGAAAUGUUUAAUUAUUAUGAUCGAGUCUAGACAGAUUCACCUAGGUUUAUUAUUUUAUUAAUUAAUUGAGGAAGUAAUGGUACAUGUUUUAAUAAAUAGAUCAUAAGUACCUCAUAAAUACUUAGUUGUUGUUGUGAUGUGACACUUAUUUUACGGAGAAGAAUGGAUGGAUGGAUUGAUUAUUUAUGAUAUGCAACUGAAACUCUUAAUCAUUUAGCAAGGAGAAAGGAAUCUGAAAAGGAGAGAAAGCUGGUAUCCGUGUUAGUGUUUUAAGUAUGUAACCGAGUUAUGUUGUAUGAUCUACAUAGUAUUGAAUAAAAUUUUGGUUGUGUUGUCGAAA